AUGCAGCUUCAAACAUCUGCUGUGUCAAGAGAGAAAAAAAAGAAAAUGCUGACAAUUUUUUAUAUACUGCUCCUGAUCAAAACUGGGCGAUGCUCAGAUCAUCAGAUCUUUGACACCAAAAAUGUUGCUGUUGGGCAAAAUGUGACUCUAAAUUGUUCCCGGGAUCAUCUUUGGCAUUCAACAAACUUAUUUUGGAUCAGACUUGUUUCUCAGAGCUUUCCUGAAGUUUUAGGAUCAACAAUAUCUCAUGAUGUUCCAACUAUUAAAAAGAUUCAUAAUAUUACAACAAAACAAGAGCCUGGAACUUUUGUUCUACAUAUCAACGGAGCACAGUUAAGCGAUACAGCUGUUUAUUACUGCAUCAAAGAAAGUCAGCUAACCAUGACAUUUUUGAAAGGAACUUUUCUUAGAGUCAAAGGACCUGACCCAGGCAUAGCUGGUGUCACUCAAGACUCUUUGUCUCCAGUCCAUCCAGGAGACCCAGUAACUCUGCAGUGUUCAGUCCUCUCUAAUUCUGAGAAUAGAACAUGUACAGAAGAUCACAGUGUGUACUGGUACAGAGCCAAACCAGAUGAAUCUCAUCCUAGUUUAAUGUAUAGUCAUAGAAACAAUGGUAAUUACUGUGAGCGGAGUCCUGAGGCUCCCUCCCAACAGAAAUGUGUCUACAGCUUCUCCAGGAACGUCAGCUUGUCUGAUACAGGAACUUAUUACUGUGCUGUGGCCACAUGUGGAGAGAUACUGUUUGGAAAUGGAACAAAACUCGAUAUCAAAGUUGUCCAUCAUUGGGACUUGCAGAAAACAAACACCGUUGUCUUUCUGCUAUGUGUUGCUCUCAGCAUAAGCCUGAUUGUUAUAGCCUUCCUCAUUUAUACCAUCAAAGAAAAACACAAAACCUCCGCUGCUGCUUCUCUACAAACAAAUAGAGAAACAACUAGGACAGAACAACAAAUUCAGCAAAGACAUGAGGACUCAUUGACUUAUGCUGCACCAACUUUUACCAAGAGAAACACUCGCAAAGCAGGGAGAAGGAAUGCAACAGAGACAAUUUGUAUUUACUCUGAUGUCAGAGCUUUUGAGUAUGGAAAAAGUGAUGCUUAAGCAAAGCUUGUAUUUCAUCUCCCUGUGCCAUCAACUAAUACACUAUGUGGCAACUAAUGUAUUAUUGUAUGUUUAAACC